AUGUCUUUGUUUGACUUGCAGCCGUACGUUCCAGAAACUGCAAGUUUCAGCAAGGAAAAUCUUUGUCGAAACCAUAGAAAAGCUACCCAACGUUAUCAUAAACUGAAGAAAUGCGUCGACAUCGUUUACAAGACUCUUUACGAUCCAGCUGGAAUUGUCAGUAAGGUCAAUCCGAGAACUCUUCUCGAUCAUGGAAAUGGUUUUGAGACCGUGGUGUUUGAAGGAGUUGCUAUCCCCGAACAUGUUGCACGAAAGCCGCUGUCCCCGAUAGCUUACCUUGAUGAGGGCAGUGAUGUGCAAGAAACCUACUGGACAUCUGAGUCUGAUUUCGAGCUCACUGAAGCAGAAACACCUGACCGGCGAGUGGAUGAUUUCAUCCCCUCUACUGCAUCUGACCAUGAGUCUUGGGCUCUUGAACUUCUUCCCAUGAGAGGAGAAAAGAUUCCAUUUUCUAAUAACGAGAUAACGGAACUAGUACCAGCUCUUAAACUCAAUACAUAUGGUCUCUGCUCCAUAAAAUGGUUCACACCUUUGAGAGUGUGCAUCUCAAAUCUGCCCAACUCGCGGAAUGUAUUUGCAAUAUUUUUUGAGUUGAGAAGUGAUUCGCAAAUCCUCAGAAUUCGAAUCAACACGAACACUCAGUAUCCUCCUUACGCUGGCCGAAAUUCGCUAGUUCAAAUGCUAAAAAAGAUGAGAGAUUUUGAUACAUUGUUCGAUAGUUUGAUGGAUUUCAUUUGGAGAACUUGGAAGUGGAAAACCAACGACGGAAAUAGUAUCGUUGAGAAUUUGGAGAAUUUUUUACCUGCGGUGAAUAGCAGCCUGGUAGCUGUAGUUGUAAGUAUAAAUGUUUAUUCGCCGUUUACUCACAUAGUUUGACA